AUAACUGUGAACUAAAAAUCACGGCAAUCAAAACAAAAGGAUAUAUCCGAAUUCAAGUUUUUAUAAAGGGUGUUAAAAUAAUCUUUAAAACGGAUCUCUUCGUAUAAAUAACGAAAUCGAUAAUAACAAGAAACUUGAUGAAAGUUUCCAUUAUGCCACUACUCAUCGCUCUCUUAUUCCUCUUGGUGCUGAGUAAAGGGAGCUAUUCGGUUGAAUCGUUUGAGUUGGUCGGGGCAGCUUCAGAUGACGACGAUGCAAUUGCAGCACAAGGUCCAAUGAGGGACGUAACCACUAUCGCUAGCAUUGACUACGGCAUACCGAUGAAGCAAGAUGGAAUUCAUAAUGGUGAAAGUAGGGGCGAAGAAAAGGAAGAUGCGGUGGGUGUUGCUACGAAGUACUGGAAAGAUGCUCAGGCAGCAACGGCGACCAGGAAUUUCCAAUGCACAGACCACAGCACGUGUAAGACAUUAGUUUGUGUGGGUGGACCCAUAUAUGAUCUCCACUAUGAAUUCGAUUACUUUUUGGAUUGGUGCGGAAAUAAAUAUUUUGACGUCAUCAUAGAGAAUUGCACAUUCAACCAAAAUACUAUUAGCAGAUCCACAUUCUCAGGGAGUUUCAAAAUGUCCACUUUAACAAUACGAAAUUGCACACUCGACACGAUCGUUGAUAAUGCCUUCAACUACCAAACUCUGAAUAAAUUGACGAAUUUAACAUUUGUUGGUGUGCAAUUGAAAGCUUUGAACGCGCAAACGUUUCUUGGUUUGGGAACUGUGGAAAAUUUCCAAUUGUUCAAUGUGCUCAAGCAGGAAACUCUGCCCUUCAGCGCUAGUAAUUUCUUGCAACCAAUGGCUGCGAGUCUCAACAAUUUAGUGUUGCAACAAAGAGAGGAAUCAUGUUGUUCCAACAUCAUACAUGAUCCCACUGAGUGGUUGGGUGGUAACAGCACCACCGUCUUCAGUAAACUAACGUAUGUCGAUUUGAGCGGCACGAAUUUUAACGACGCACUUAACGGUAAUACAUUCGCAAAACUAACAGCAGUGCAAGAACUUCGGAUGACCAAUUGCAGUUUGAGCACAAUCGCCGAAAACGCAUUCACUGGCAUAUUGUCGACACUAAAAUCGCUCGAUUUGCGAUAUAAUCGUUUACAGACGCUGGACAGUGAACUCCUAGCCGCUGCUAUUCCCAUAGGAAUUAACAUGGAAUUGGGGUGGAAUAUGUGGAGAUGCGAUUGUGACAAUAUGGAAAUCAUAGAGUACCUGAAGCAAAUAAAAAAUAAUUCCGCGGCUGAUACCGUAUGUGCAACGCCAACAGAACUGCAGGGUACACAAAUCCGUUUUGCGCAAGUAAUAUGUGAUGGCAGAACUACGCUUACAACAAUUAUGACGACCUUAACGUCGAUAGAAGCCACUACAACUAUAGCAGUGGAAAUGACAACAAUAAAGGUCACAACCACAGAUUAUACGACUAGGGACCCGACAGAACCUAUCAGUCAAGCAACUUCCACUUCUUCUACAAAUACAAUCACCACCUCACCCUUGCCCACAUCAAUAACUGAUAUAACACCAACUACUGAAGGUGGUAAGACUGAGGGUAACACAGACUCUACUACAACAAUAAGCGCCGAUUUAACCUUUCCGACUUCAUCCUCUACCACAAAUAUAACGCCGACAACUACUGGUGAUAGUAGUGAGGAAACCACAGAAACAACAGAGUGUAACUCAGAAACUCCAUCAACUUCUUCUACGACUCCAAACAAGAACGCAACCUUGUCGACUUCAUCCCCUACAACAAGUAUAAAGUCGACCACUUCAGAUUCCACUAUCAUUAACACAACAGAGUCUCACUCAGAAACUUCAUCAACGUUUUCUACCACUGCAAACGACAACACGACCUUUCCGACCUUGUCGACUUCAUCGUCGACCACUAUUAUAAUGCCGACAACUUCAGAUGAUAGUGCUGAGGAAACAACUGUUUCUACUUCCUCGGGUGCAGUAAGUAUUCAUCGAUGGUAACAACAUAACUCAUAACACUUGGCUUGAAGUUUCUCUUUUUAAACGUGUUUUCCCAAAACAGUAUUUACCAUACUUUUCUCCCUCAUAUUA